UCCAUGUUAUAGAGGUUAAAUGCCCUUGGUACCCCGAGAGCGGGUCUCUCGAGGUUUCUGACUGGCAAAAGAUAGGCGAACGGCUUCGAAAAGAGCCGCGAGCGCCCAUCCAACACAUCUUGCUGUGGCAACGCUGCUCAGAGGCAAUCGGGCACUUGUGGAAGGAGGCGCCCCCGCUUGCCUCUCCCACCCCUGCCCCAACUUCAUCCCAGGUCACGGAACCUACAUCCCCUUGUCCUCCCCUUAAGGCGACGGCUCCCAGUCCUACCCUCUCUGAUCCCCCAUUGCCGCCGCCUCCUUCUCCUUCCCCUUCGCCCUCGCCGGCUCAGAGCGCGGUGCAAGCCGCUCUCCAGCAGGCGAUGGCGACAGGAGAUUCCCCCUUGUUGGGGGAAUGGGAGGGAGAACUCCCAGCCCUUUAUCCAGUUAAUUAUAGCUUAAACGAGGCCAGGGAAACCGUUGCUACACAUAGCCCAUUGCCAUUCAAAGUUAUUUACGAACUAAAUAACGGGAUCCGCCAAUCCGGCAUUAAGUCCACUUAUGCGGAGGGUCUCGUUGAGGCAAUAGGCACAAUUUAUACCAUGAUACCGACAGACUGGAAACACCUGUUCCGAAUGAUCUUAUCUCCCGCCCAAUAUUGUGUGUGGGACAGUGAGUUCCGGGCUGCAGCAGUGGCCUGCUCCUCUGCGGCAAACAUUCCUGACCAAAUUUAUGGGUCGGGACAGUUUGCAGAGGUGGAGGCACAAAUAGUACUCCCAAAAGAAUCCUUCCAACGCACCGCACUCUGCGUCAUGCGAGCGUUUCGUCGCGUCCCCGCGACUGGCAAGCCCUUGUCGUCAUUUACCAGCAUUAGGCAAGGGUCUUCUGAGCCAUUCCACCAGUUUGUAGAUAGAUUAAAAGAAGCCAUUGCCCGACAAAUUGAUAACCCAGAAGCCCAAGAAGAGCUCAUUCGUCGGCUGUCGGCAGAGCAGGCUAAUGCCGAUUGUCGCCGCAUUCUCCAAGCAGUCAUUCACCGCGCGCAGUACUCUUUGGCGGACAUGAUCCAGGCUUGUGCCGAGGUGGGAACACAAACCCACGCCAUGGCAUUGCUUGCCGGAGCCUUGCGCACCGGCAACAAACCUCUGGGCAAUUGUUUUAAUUGCAACAAGCCAGGCCAUUUUCGCCGAGAGUGCCGGGCGCCGGGGGGAGGAGCUAGCCGCGAGCGGGGACAACCACCAGGAGGAGGGGGUGGAACCCGCCCGAACAAAAAAUGCCCCAAGUGUAACAAAGGCUUCCAUUGGGCUAAUCAGUGCCGCUCUACCCCCUCGGGAAACUCCCAGUCGGGCUCCCCUCGGGCCCCGGUCUAACCGAGGGAGAGAGCGGUUUCCCUCCCCCUGCCACCUCUGGCAGUGCGGGUAUCGAUCUGGAAAACGCACAAGACAUGAAUUCUCAGCUCCCCGGGGAGGUACUCCUAAUGCCCACUCAACUUCGGGGCCCCCUCCCUCCUGGAACGGUGGGGCUUGUGCUCCCCCGUUCUUCCGCUCACUAUAAAGGCAUUAUGACCGUCCCAGGGGUCAUUGAUGCUGAUUAUACUGGUACCAUCUAUGCCCAAUAUUGGGGACAGCUUCCGCUGUCCCUCAAGAAAGGGGAGUCCUGGUCCCAAUUGUUAUUGCUUCCUUACCAUUGUCCUGCAGUUUCCCUACAGGAACGCACAGGGGGAUUUGGCUCCACACGCGCUGACCCCCUGCAACCUACCACCGGCGAAAAGGUAACACCUGACUCAACUUACCACCCUCAGGUCGCCGCCGUGCUCCAACACAUACACAAUCGUAAGCCUACCUGUUCUUAUCAGAUCCACGGUGCAAAGAAGAACUCCCCGCCCCAAAAGUGACGUAUCGGCAACUCCCCGGCACUACGUGGAGUGCCCCAGUUCCGCUGAUAACCUGG